AUGGCGCUAGAGAAGGCAGUAGUGCUGCACUUUGGAAAGCACUCGACCGUGGCGGGGUUCAGCAACCGGGACCUGCCGCAGUGCAUGCUGCCGUCGGCGUACCUGAUGCCGGACGGCGGGGAGCCCGUGUACGGGCUGUACGAGCUGAUGCAGGCGAAGGAACACGACAUAUACACGCUCUUCGACAACCGCGGGGUGCCCACGGACUGGGAAAUGCUGGAGCGGUUCUGCCGGUGGAUAUACGCGACGCAGCUGCGCGUGGGCCCGGAGGAGCUGCCGGUGUGCAUCACGGUGCCCCCGGACCUGUCGGCGACGGUGCGCAGCCAGUUCCACGAGCUGGUGCUGUGCAAGCUGCGCGCGCCGGUGCUGCAGCUGAUCAGCGAGCCGCUCGCGGUGACGCUGUCGCUGGGGCGCAGCACGGCGCUGGUGGUGGACGUGGGCGCGUCGAAGGUGACGGUGACGCCCAUCGUGGACGGCAGCGUGGUCAAGACCGGGAUCCUGCGCUCGCGCUACGCGGGCGACUUCCUGGACUUCCAGCUGAUGAAGGCGCUGGACGACCGGCCGGACGGCACGUCGCUGUACCACUGGCAGCAGUCGCGCACGUGGAUGCGCGACUUCAAGAACACGAUGCUGCAGGUGUCGCUGAUGCGGCUCAGCGAGGUCGAGAAGCAGCUGCAGAAGCAGUCCAUCAGCUUCAUCCCCAUCCCGCUCGAGGGCCGCAAGCACUUCCUGUUCAAGCGGCAGAAGACCGUCACGUGGGACCUCAAGCAGUGCUACCGCAUCCCCGAGUCGCUGUUCGACCCCAGUUCCGUGUCGCCCGAGUUCGACAGCGCGGACGGCCUGUCGGACCUCGUCGGCAAGGCCAUCAAGAAGUGCGCCGCCAGCAUCACCUCCAGCAACGGCUCCGCCGCGCAGCCCGCCGCCGCCGGCCUGCCCUCCGCGACCCCCGAGCAGAUCCACGCCGCGCUGCUGACCAACGUCGUCAUCAUCGGCGGGACCUCCCUGCUCCAGGGCCUGGAGCAGCGCCUCGUCAACGACCUCAGCCUGCAGUUCCCGCAGUACAAGCUCUCUACCUACGCCACGCCCGCCCACGUCGACCGCCAGCUGCAGAGCUGGCAGGGCGGCGUCAACAUGUGCCACCUCCCGGACUGGAAGCUCGGCUCCUGGGUCACCAAGCAGGAGUACCUGGAGUCCCUCGACAAGUAG